AUGGAUCCAGAAGUCCCUUUGGCUCAGGACCCCGGAAGAUCAUCUCAGCCACCAAAGCCUCGAGUCGAUGAAUACACCAACGCAAGCCGCGGCCGAGGAAUCCGCUUCAAAAGCAGCUCAUCUCGACAUUCCAAAGUACAUAAAGAUGACAGCAGCCAUCGACACCGCAAACGGUCCCACCACCACCGGCCGCGCACAUCAGACAACAAUAACGGACACUCCAAGCGGCGAUGUCACGAUGACACCGAAAAUGACGCACCCGAACAUUCCAACAUAUCAACAGCAGACGCCUUCCGUGAGUCUCUCUUCGACGCGCUAGGUGAUGAUGAAGGCGCCCAAUACUGGGAACAUGUUUAUGGUCAACCUAUCCACAACUACCGUGUACCGGAGGUGCAGAAGGGCCCAGAUGGUGAGCUCGAGCAGAUGACUGAAGAGGAGUAUGUGUCAUACGUGCGAGCGCGGAUGUGGGAGCGGACACGGGAGGGCAUGAUGGAGGCGCAGGAGCGGUUGCGUGCAGAGCGCAUGCAGAAAAAGAAAGAGGAGGCGCGGGGGCGGGCGGAGGAUGAGAGGAGGGCGUUUGAACGCGCGAUGGAUGAGAGUCUACGGCGAGGUGCGGAGCGCAAGAGAGCUAAACGGCCUGAGUGGAGUGGGGCUUGGGCGAAGUAUCUGGAGAGAUGGGAGACUAUUGGGAAGAUUGGGAGUGGGGAUACGGAGAAUGGCUCUGCUGCUGAGUCGUUGCGCAGUUUGAUUUUCUGGCCUGUUCAUUCCGGCAAGAGGGCUGAUAUUCAACCCAAAGCCGUUGAGGAAUUCAUGCGACAUGCCCCUGCGCCUGCGGAGUUUCUCGGUAUGCUCAAGACGGAGCGCAUUCGCUGGCAUCCGGAUAAGAUCCAGCAUCGGUAUGGUGCGCUUGGGAUCGACGAUGAUGUUAUGCGUAGCGUCACGGAGGUCUUUCAGAUCGUGGAUCGCUUGUGGAACGAGGAGAAAGAACGACGAACAUAA